AUGGAGCCUCCUCGAAACCCUGCACCUCAUCUGGUCAUCCCGAGUCCAAUUUUUCACAAACGAAAUCGCACAAAAUCGCAGUCAGAAAAUGCUUCAUCAGGAGAAAUUGGAAGAGGUGCAAUAAUGAGUUUUUGCCGACAAAAGGGCCACGGCUUCAUAAAACCUGAUGACGGCGGUGACUAUUUGUUCGUUCAUGUUUUUGAUGUUGAUGGUGAGUAUGUGCCAAUAGAAGGAGAUGUUGUGGAAUACCGUAAGAUGCUCAUUCCACCAAAGAAUGAAAAGUAUCAAGCAGUGCAUGUGAAAAUUGUUAAUCUUACUCCAGGGAAACAUAAAACCUGGGAUGAACCAGCUUGA